AUGGACUGGCCUUUGAACUUCACGGGCUCCUUUCUCACUCUUCCCUCCCCCUUCCCGACCAAUGGGAGCAGCAGCCCUGAGGACCUUCGCCCCAGUCUGCCCCCACUCUCCAUCUUUGGCGUGUUAGUCCUCACCCUGCUAGGUUUACUGGCGGUGGCGACCUUCACAUGGAACUUGUUGGUCCUGGUCACCAUUCUCCGCGUGCGUACCUUCCAUCGGGUGCCCCACAACCUGGUUGCCUCCAUGGCCAUCUCUGACGUGCUGGUGGCAGCCCUGGUCAUGCCCCUGAGUUUGGUGCACGAGCUGUCCGGACGCCGCUGGAAGCUGGGUCGGCGGCUGUGUCAGCUGUGGAUCUCCUGCGAUGUGUUGUGCUGCACUGCGAGCAUCUGGAACGUGACGGCCAUCGCCCUGGACCGCUACUGGUCUCUGAGCCGUCACCUAGAGUAUACCCUCCGGAUUCGCAAGCGCAUCUCCAAUGUCAUGAUCACCUUGACCUGGCUGCUGUCUGCAGUCAUCUCGCUGGCCCCUCUGCUCUUCGGCUGGGGGGAGACCUACUGGGCCGACAAUGAGGAAUGUCAGGUGAGCAGGGAGCCCUCCUAUACCGUCUUCUCCACUGUGGGCGCCUUCUACCUUCCCCUCUGCGUGGUGCUCUUUGUUUACUGGAAGAUCUACAAAGCUGCCAAGUUCCGCAUAGGCUCCAAGAAGCCCAACAGCGUCACACCCGUGCCCGAAGUCGUGGAGGUAAAUGAAGCCCUCCAUCAACCUCAGAUGGUAUUUACUGUUCGUCACGCCAUGGUAACCUUCCAGACUGAUGGGGAUACAUGGAGAGAAAAGAAAGAGAAAAAAGCAGCUAUCAUGGUGGGCAUCCUUAUUGGGGUAUUUGUACUUUGCUGGAUCCCAUUUUUCAUCACUGAGCUCAUCAGUCCUUUCAGCUCCUGCAACAUCCCUCCCAUCUGGAAGAGCAUUUUCUUGUGGCUUGGCUAUUCCAAUUCCUUUUUUAAUCCUCUAAUCUACACUGCUUUCAAUAAGAACUAUAACAGUGCCUUUAAGACCUUUUUUUCUAGACAGCGCUGA